AUGCGCGUGGCCCACGCUAUCCUACUCUCUGUGGCUGCAUUCUGUAUCAGUUGCGGUGGUGCGUUCGGUGCAGACCCGACAAGUCUGGCUUCCCAUUCGCAGUCCGAGAAGAAGCUGGACAAGAUGCUCAAAAGCGAGGAAAUAGCCGAGAGGAACUUUCUGCGCUGGAACAGCGCCAUAAAGAAGGACGGAAAAAUGGCGGCCAAGAUCGAGCAAGCCAUCAUUGCGGAAGGCAAGCACUAUGGGACUCUGCUAACUCAGUUCCAUAUCCACAACGAGCGCAACUAA